AUGCAGGAGCACGAUGAAAUUGUCUCGUCAACACGAAAGCAACAACUCAUUGAGCUGGAGGCAGUAACAGCAAAGUUGGAACUAGCUCGUGAAGAAGCGGAUAAGUUGCGUCUCAAAAAUGAUACGCUCGAAAAACAAUUGGAACAGCUUGAUGAGAGUUAUACUUCAGAGCGUGCUCAAUCAGAGAGGGUAUUGCAAGAUCAAAUAGACGAAUUGAUGGAAAAACUGAGAACUCAGGAAGCAGCGUUUCGCAGUCAGGGCGAAGGUGAAAUGGCCGCCAUGCGGGAUUCGUACACACGUCUUUGUGAGGCGAAUGAUGACUUGAAGAAGAAGCUUGAUGAAGUCUCCAGCACGUCCGCUGGGCAAUUAGCAGAGGCGAAAGAGUUGGAGGGAAGGUUACGAGCAGAACUUAGUGAUUUGCGAGCCAUGUUGGAGUCACGUAACGCUGAGUUUUAUCUCGUUGAGAAACGAAAACAGGAGCUCGAAGAAGAGUUAGCCGCUGCUCAUGAACUGUCUGCAAUAAACGAUCGUCUCAGAGCUGAAUUGGAAGAGAUUCGUAAACAGCGUGAAGUGGAGGCUUUGGUUUCUCCGUUAAAGGAUCGCGCUGGAAAAAAUGAAGAAGGUUCGAAAGAGGACUGCACUUCUUUGGAGAAUGAGUGUUUCAAGCUUGAAAUGUCGAAUGAUGAGCGGAAAGGCGGUCAAUGCCCGGGUCCUAUUUUGUCUGAAAGCGAAUUGGAGGGAAAAGACGGCAUACCCUCAAACGUAGCCUCGAUUUCGGAGUUGAGUGCGCAAACGGCCGGUGAGAUGUGUACAAGCGAUGAACUUCAACAGCUCCGCUCUGAAGUUGCUCAUCUGAGUGAAACGAAUACCAGGCUCGCAGCUAAAAUCAAUCAACUCGAGGCAGAAAACAGCAAAGUGAUGAUGGCAAAAGAUGAGACCCAACGGUUACUCAAUGAGCUGAAGAGUGCUAGUGAAACAAUGCACGGCAGGGUAGAUGAGCCACAUCAAGUGGGCAGCUCUGGAGACGAGAUUCCCGGCAACUCGCCAAGUGCAGAGUAUUUCCGAAUGGAAAAUCUUCGUUUAAGUGAAGAGCUUAAAAGAAACGAAGGAGAGAUUCUCCUUGCUCGUGAUUAUAAGGCUACUUUGGAAAAGGAACUUCUCGAGUUGAAAUCUCAGGUUGCUGAACGACAUUCAAAGCUUGAUGGUGCAGAUGUGCUGAUAUCUUUACAAGAGGAGAACAAAAGUGGAACAAAUGAAGAUGGAGAGUUGCAUCCUAAUGGAUCUCCUCACCGUAUCUCUUUAUUAGAAGAACAGCUCCGAGUUCAACGUGAUGAGGUUGAACGACUGUCUCAACUUGCUACAAGCGAAUCUCAGCGUGCUGACGAGGUUCAAAACGUUUUGAAAGAGAAAGCAGCUGAGCUAGAAUCGUUAAUGAGAGAAAUCAAACAGAAGGAUGGUAUUAUUGCCGGACUGGAAGAUGAACUGGAGAAAGUAAGCAGAGAAGAGAAAGCAAUGAGGUCGCAGUGUGCUGACUAUGAGAAUCACUGCAGACAGCUGGAAAGCCGGAUAGAAGAAUUGGUUCAAGAGCAGGAAAAGUUGCAUUCUGCCUUGAUCGAAGAACGUGCAUUAGUGGAGAGGUUGGUUUUCAAGCACGGUCACUUCUUUUUGUCUUUUUACUUUUUUCUCUUCUCCAGUAGUCAUAGACACUUUGUUGUAUUCCUGCUUUUGAAGUUGUUGCUUCCUUCCUUAUGUCCAACUCUGAAAACGAAACGAAAUCUGUUCUGCUGGGCAUCAUUCUGCCAAUAG